AUGCCCUCGCCCGUGCUCCGCGUCGCUGUCGUCGGCAUCGGCGAAGUCGCGCUCAACACGCAUCUGCCCAACCUCGCGCUCUGCUCGCACUGGUUCAAGGUCGUCGCGCUCGUCGACGUGAGCGAGGGCGCGCUCGCGCACGCCGGGGCCAAGUUUGGCAUUGAGCGGCUGUACACUUCCCUCGCGGCGCUGCUAGAUGAGGCGGACGACGUCGACCUCGUCAUGGUCAUGAGCGCGAACGAGUACCAUGUCCAGCAUACCACUGCGGCUCUACGCGCCGGCAAGCACGUGUUCGUCGAGAAGCCCAUGGCGCUGAGCCUCGCGGGCGCGGACGAGAUUGCGCGCGUGCAGCGCGAGACGGGUAAGGUGGUCUUCGUGGGGUACAUGCGCCGGUAUGCCGCGGCGUACCUGCGCGUCAAGGCGCUCGUCGAGGCGACGGGGCGGGAGAACAUCAACUAUGUCCGCGUGCGCGAUCUCAUCGGCAAGAACGAGUACUUUGUGGGCCAGAGCGGCGCCUUCCCGCUCAAGUUUACAGACGCGCCAGCCGCCGCGGUGGCCGAACGCGCCGCCCUCUCCGACACAAUGGUGCGGCAGGCGAUCGGCGACAAGCGCGCAGCCAACGCGCUCGACCGCGAGUCGUGGGCCCUGCUCACCAGCCUGAGCUCGCACGAUAUCUCGGCGAUGCGCGAGCUGAUCGGCAUGCCAGAGAGAGUGGUGGGCGCGAGUCGGAGCCCGGAUAGCCAGUUCAUCUGGGUCAUGUUCCAGUACCCAGGCUUUGUGGCGUACUACGAGGUCGGCAUCGACAACGUCAAGCUCUUCGACGCCCACAUCGAGGUGUACACGACCUCGCAGCGCAUCAAGGUGACGUAUGAUACGCCGUACGUCAAGGGCCUUCCCAUCACCGCCACCGUGCUCUCGACGAAAGACAACGGCGACUUCUCCGAGGAGACCCUCCGCCCGACGUACGAGGACGCGUUUACCCUCGAGUACCGCGAGCUGUAUGCUGCGAUCGUGGACGGCGCGCCGGUGAAGACUGGCCCUGCGGACUCGCGCGACGACUUGGUCAUCUUCAAGAUGGUCAUGGAUGCGUUGGUGUAGCGGUUGUAGGCUGCGAGAUGA